GCCCCAGGUGAGCAGUACAGGGGCUGAGGGGCCCCAGGUGAGCAGUACAGGGGCUGAGGGGCCCCAGGUGAGCAGUACAGGGGUUGAGGGGCCCUCAGGUGAGCAGUGCAGGGGCUGAGGGGCCCCAGGUGAGCAGUGCAGGGGCUGAGGUGCCUCAGGUGAGCAGUGCAGGGGCUGAGGGGCCCCAGGUGAGCAGUGCAGGGGCUGAGGGGCCCCAGGUGAGCAGUGCAGGGGCUGAGGGGGCUCCAGGUGAGCAGUACAGGGGCUGAGGGUCCCCAGGUGAGCAGUACAGGGGCUGAGGGUCCCCAGGUGAGCAGUGCAGGGGCUGAGGGUCUCCAGGUGAGCAGUGCAGGGGCUAAGGGGGCUCCAGGUGAGCAGUGCAGGGGCUGAGGGUCCCCAGGUGAGCAGUGCAGGGGCUUAGGGGCCCCAGGUGAGCAGUGCAGGUGAUGUGCGGAGCCCCAGGAGUUCAAUACAGCUGUUGAGGGGACCCAGGAGGGAGUGGUGGUCAGAGGGGCAGCUUGGGGCUGAGAGGUUCCCAGGAGGGUAGUACAGGGGACACGGCCCCCCCCCCCCAGGAGGGCAGUAAUGGGACUGAAGGGCCUCUGAAUGAGAGACAGAGGGGCCCCAUGAGCAGAGUGUUUCUUCUGAGCGAAGUUAUCUGACAAGCCAUACCAUGGUCUACGGGUUCAUUAUCCACACAGUGGGGACGGGCCCAAACGGGAGCCCCAAGCCGUGCCGGGUCCUCUACUCCCGAGUCUUCCAUUGUGACCUGGUGGAUGAGAAGCUGCUGUCGGGGGAGGAUGAGCUGGAGCAGGAGAUGGUGAGACGGAAGGAUCAGAUCGCUGUCGUAGCCAGGCAGGCCGAGACGAUGUGUCAGCUGAGACGUCAGGUGUCUGGGCGGCCAGCGAGUGACUUUAUUGUCCAUUCGUCAGACGAAGCCGUCUCUCUCCACGAGGAGGAUGUUGGGGUGUUCGGGCUGUCAGCGGGGGACCCCUUCUACCAGGAGAUGGCUGUCCUGUGGGUGGGGGUGUAUUCUCUGGUCUUCUCACUGAUCUGUGAUCCUCAGGACAAUGUCGCCUUGGCUGAGAGCACCCUGAGGAUGGUGGUGAAGUAUCUGGUGGACUCUCUGAAGCUCCUGACUCACAGCAGCAACGCCAUCCUCCGAGCGGACAAGAUUCAGAUGGCUCUGGACAAGUUUAUUCCGCAGGGGCAGCUGCUGUUCCUCAACCACCAGGCGGUGCAGGUCCUGGAGAAGGAGCUCAGCAACGCACUGACUCUCUAGUGACUAAUCGCGUUCAUUCUGCUCAGACGAAACUGGACUCCAUCUCGUUACAACCACCCUGCUCUUACGUACUAUACUCUCUCCCAUCAGACUCUUCCCACGUAGACCAGGAGCAGAAUCGGGCAGCACAUUCUCUGCAGGUUGUUCAGCUAUGGUUCCCACAAUGCCUUGCUUCUAAUUAUGCCCAGAACUUGUACAUGAAUCGUCAGUAAAUGCAGAGGUCGUGGCUCCA